GGAACUUGGCCUUCUUAUGGUUCUUGUCUCCGUUACUGUACUAACUUUCUCCAGUUUGAUCUACUUUGCUGAAAAGGACUCUGAGAACAAGUGGAGUUUCCUUGAUUCCUUCUGGUGGGGUCUUAUGACCCUAACCACUGUGGGAUAUGGAUCAAAGGCACCGAAGACCGCCGUAGGACAGUCUAUUGGUGGACUGUGUGCUCUCAUGGGGAUCUUCAUUCUGGCCCUUCCAGUCCCUAUUGUGGUGAACAGAUUUGAGGAUUUCGCGACAAACUACAAGAACCGAAUAUGGCGGAACGAGGUAAUGCAGAAGAAGCAGGAGAGGGAGGCGGAGGGAGAGAAGAAGGAAGGGUUCAACAUGAAGGAUAUGUCCAGCAAAGUGGAUCCAGAGAUAGGCCCUGCUUCAAAGAUGCCGAAGAAGUCUAAUGGAGAAGCUGGCACAACUGUCGAAUCUUUUGUCAACAUUGAUUAAUCAAUUAAACAGCGAUCAAUAAAUUUAACAGCAAUCAAUCAAUUUGACAGUGAUCAAUCAAUUUAAAAUCCGUCAAUUGAAAAAAUCAGAAAAUUAAAAACAAUUCAUUCGUUAAACAUUCAUUCAAAUAAAAAAUAGAAAUAUCACAUUCCAAUAGUUAUUAAUUGAUUAAACAGCAAUUAAGUUACUCAACAGCAAUUAAUUGAUUAAACAGCAAUACUGAUUAAACAGCAAUUAAUUGGCUAAACAAUAUUAAUUGAUUAAACAAAAAUUAA